AUGGAACAGUUCUUGCGUGCUCUGGCGAGGGUGGAGCACGAGGUUGAGUACAAGCGGCCCGGUCAUCUGGCCCUUUCUGCCAGGAUGCGCGAUUCGUGGAGUGCCGGUCGGUUUUGGUUCGAUUAUGCGGCGAGGAAGAGCUUUGAUGUUGAUGUUGUUUAUUGGGAUACUUUACAUUCUGCUGGUACUGGUAUUGAGGAGCUUGAUGAGGAGGCAAGAGUGGAGCUGGAGUUAUUUAAGAGGUUGAAGAUGGAGCAGUUGAAGGCGUAUAAGGAGGAGUGUUUGGUGAGGUUUUGUUCGGAUAUAUAA